AUGCUGUAUUUCCAGAAUGAAACAAAUGAUGACGAGACUUUACUUCAACUAACCAUACGGAUUAAGAGUGCAAGGGUCACUGAUGAGCUGAAACGACUGAAGAAAGCUGUUGAUAAAUCAGUUUGGUUUCAAGGACCGGCUCAGGUGGACGCUUACUAUGCACCGAAUUUAAACGAAAUGAGUGCGCUUUUAGACAAUUAA